CCUGCUUCUGCUCACUUGCUACAGAGCUUUUCAAAAUGGCGGCUGCUUCCUCCAUAGAGCCGCCGAGCGUGAACGAUUUGAAACAGGAAAAUUCACCUUUUGCGGACUCGGAUAGCCCUGAGAGCCGACAAGAAGAAGACACGGGGUCCGAAGGUCCGAGCCUACGAGUUUUGCCUGAAUUAGAGCCGGAAGAAAUCGAAAAGAGGCUGGAAAAAACUCGCAGGGAGCUGAGCAACAGGAGGAAAAUCCUGAUUAAGAACCUACCCCAAGACAUUACCAACCAGGAGGUCCAUGAACUUCUAAAAGAGUACGAGUUGAAAUACUGUUAUGUGGACAGAAACAAAGGAACAGCGUUUGUGACCUUGCUGAAUGGGGAGCAGGCUCAGGAUGCCAUCCGGACAUUCCACCAGACAGCUAUCCGAGGGAAGGAGAUCUCGGUGCAGCUCCAACCCACGGACUCCCUUCUGUGCAUCACCAAUCUGCCACAUACCUACUCGGCAGUGCAGUUUGAGGAACUGGUGCGCACCUACGGCAAUAUUGAGAGGUGCUUUCUCGUUUACAGUGAGCUCACGGGCCACUCCAAGGGCUAUGGCUUUGUGGAGUACAUGAAGAAGGACUCUGCCUCCAAAGCCAGGUCAGAACUGUUGGGCAAGCAGCAGGGCGAUCGCACCCUAAUGGUACAGUGGACAGACGUCAACCAGCUCACUGCUGACCACCUUCAUUCCAAGUGCCUUUGUGUUGAUAAACUUCCUUCCGACUUCUCCGACACGGAUGAGUUGGCACAAAUUUUCUCCAAAACGUAUAAACCCGUCUUCUGCCAGCUUGCUCAGGAUGAAGGCAGUCCCAUCCGGGGUUUUGCUGUCAUUGAGUAUGAGACUGCAGAGCAGGCGGAGGCUGUCCUGACAGAGAUGGACAGGCAUGUGAUCAGGGGACACGAAGUGCGGGUUUCCUUUUGCACCCCUGGGACUUCAGGAAGGAGUACACUAGCUGCACUGAUUGCUGCACAAGGGGUGAUGUCUACCAACAAGAAGGGUCUUCUUCCUGAGCCAAGCCUUGCUCAGCUGAUGAGCAGCAUGAGUAACCCUGCUGUGCUGCAAGUGCUGUUGAGACCAUACCAGGCAGGCCCUGGCAAGCACGGAGGGAAGUUCACACGUCCACAGGGAAUGCCUUUUCUGCAUGGCCCUCCUCUGACCACAGCAUUGCUUCAGCUCAGCAAAGUUCAGCAGAAUGCCAUGUUGGGAAAUGGGCUAGUCUUGCAGAAUCUUUUACGGAUGCAGUUGGCUCAGCAGCAGCUUCUUCAAAUCAAGGAAAAACAGCUAAGCAAUGUGCCCAGCCUACUUGGUGAUCCUUCCAGAAUAUUACUGCAAAAGGCAAUGGGCCUGCGGGCUGCUAAUCCAAUAACCAUGGGAAAGGGACUGUUGGGAGACUCUCCUGAUGGGCUGUCCUCGGAAGCUGUGCAGGCAUCCUCUCAAGCCCCAGGAGGAGCAGCUGGGAUCAUGUCUUAUAUGCCCAGCAGGCAGCACCUGGGACACCCAGCCAGCGCAGAACAGGAUGGAGCUGCCGAGAAGCAGCCAGCCACGCUGGGAGCGUCAGUGGCGACUCCUACAAUGGCACAGAGCUUUCUCCCGGGCCUGAGCAAUUCCAUAAUGGGAGGCUUGCUCUCGGGAGGCGCUCAGAAACCGCAAACCCUACAAGGGAGCUGUGAAAGCAGCACUGGGGCGGUUCAAACUAGCAGCCAGACAUCACUGCUUGGAGAGCCACCGAAAGAACUGAAGUUGCCUUCAAAUCCAUAUCUGAACCUAGCUAGUGUGCUUCCGGGCAUGGUUUUACAAGGUCCUUCCAACACUAAACCUCAGGCUGUUCAGCAGCACAGUGGCGUUUAUGGCAGUGCUGUGACUCCAUCUGCUUCUCAGACAGCCGGCACCCAGUACACCACAGACAGCUCAAAUGAGUAUUCUCAACAGUAUGGACAAUACUCGCAGGAAGCCAUGCAGCAGUGGUACCAGCAUUACCAAGCACAGGGGUACACAAGUAAUAUCCAUGAGACGAGUGUGGGCGAGUAUGGGAAAGAGCAUGCUCAGAUGUCUGCCUAUGCACAGCCCACAUCCAGCUCUUCAGAGUCAUAUUAUGUCCAGGGAACUCCAACCACAUCCUAUGGAGAUUACAACUCUUACAUGCAAGCCGUCUCUCAGUACUAUUCUCAGACACAAAUGUCACAAGCGGCUUUACAGUCUUACCAAUCCAGAGAUGCCAGCAAGGAGGCUGACACAACAAAAUCUUCCUUAGGCAGUUCAGCACACUCUGCCAGCAAUGGCAGCAGCCAGAAUGUGCACCAGUCAGGGGCAGUGCAGGGCUACAGCUCUCUGCCAAUGAUGUCAAGCUACAUGACAGGGCAGCAUGGAACAGCAAGCUCUGCAGCAGCUUCCCAAGUGGGACAGGCUGCUGUAGACUGGAACCAGUACUACUAUAACCAGUCACGAGGUCAGAAGCGUGAAUUCUCUCAGCUGCCAUCUCAGGACAUGGCGUCAGAUGCGGGUUACGUUGGGCAGCACUCCCAGGGCCUGGGGGGUCAAUAUGCAGACUAUUACAAAAAGAAAAGGAUCUAAAAAGCUUGAAAUUUUGCCCUCCCUUUCACCCCAGAACCUCUGGUUGUGUCCCAUGUGCUUUUGGUACCUCUACUGCUGUUGCUGGUGUUUUUGUCCAUGCCUUAACUUUGAACUGUUUUCUCUAGGUUGAUGUUUAAAUAUUUUUUUAAAAUGUACAUUUUUCCAGUGUACAUUAAUUUUUUAUUUGCAUUAAUGCAGGACUUACUGCAGGUUGGGUGUUGUUGGAUAACUGUAAUUAUUUAAAGUGGCUUUUCUUGAGAUGAUAGACGGAAAUGGCCUGAAAAGGAGGACAUAACCCUGCUUAGAGUGAAUGUUUUAAUUGAAUACAUAAAGCAACUUAAAUUAAUAGUUUUCUUACUGAUGUAUCCCAUUUUCUAGAGCUCAAGAUGGUAUUAUAGCACAGCUUAUUUUGCUGUCACUUUUUAAAUAUAGGAGUGAUUAGCCAUUUGAACAGCUUCUGAAGCUGCUGGAGCCACAGGGCAUAGACACCUGAUGGCUGGGAUCUGUGGGAUUAAUUCCCAAAUGUGGGAACAAAGAUCUUAUUUCAAGGAUAAAAAACUUCCUUGAGUUUAAUGGCCAUGAAAAACAAUGCAAUAAAAAAUGGUAGUGUGUUACUGUGUUUGUGAACAAUCAUGCUGUAGUUCUAGAGUUCUUCUGCCCAUUUUCUUUAAUAGACUAAUUCUGGGUGGUAUUACUUAGUUUUUGCAUCGGACCUUAUGUAGGAAAGCUGAUGGUAUUCUCUCCCAAAACCACACUGCUAGAGUAAAUUCUCGAGGUAUUUUUUCAAAUAUUCCAACUUUUUAAAGCCAUAUCUGCAAAACAGAAAAUGUGUCCAAUGGGACUCCUCUGACACAGUGAGUAAGAUUACUGACAUCAGACGGAGCAUUAAUGGCAGAGCCUUGUUUUGGGAAAGCAUGCCAUGAGGGGUAAAGGAAUGCCAUUAAAAUGGAGAAUUCCAGUGAAAAGACAGGUGAUAAAUGAUUAUACUGUCCUGUUCAGAGUCUAUUAAGGAACCGAUUGUUUCAUGAUUUCUCCUGGGACUAACACAGUGUGUGUGGUGGUGAAUGUUGCACUUGCCCAUUACUCAACCCCUAUAACUUUUUUGACACUAAGGCAAUAUUAAUCAUAACAUAAACCCAAUAGUACCCGUUAUUACUACUCUGUGGCAUAUGUAGUCUCUCUCCUUUAUUUAUCCAGUAGUGAAAUGGUUGGUUAUACCAUCGCUAAUCAUCUGAUGAGAGGAGAGAUGGUAGUGUUUUUUCUAAUAUAUUUUUUUUAGAGAAACGUUUAGAUACAACAAUAACCACUAUGAACAGAUAUUCUCAGAAAACGUUAUUACAGAAAUGGGCAAAAUACCUUCCUGAUUUUUUUUAGUGCUUUGUUCAAUAAACCGUUUUGUUUCAACUGCUUAAAACACCUUUAUUGUGUGAGCAACUCAUUUCUUUGAGCCUUAAAAAGGCAAUAAAUUCAACACUGUAGUGAAGGCUGUAAAUAAAAAUGCAAUUGUAUAUUUAGACAGGUUCUAUCUAUCAUUGUAAUAAUAAGAAUGUUUUCUUGAAUGCAGGCAGCUGUCUUGCAUCUAUUCAGGAUUUUUUUAAAAUGAUGUAAUCAAACCAAUAAAGCCCUUUCUGGGCAGUCAGUUAAACUAAAGUGUGUGACUUUGACCCCUUAAAUUACAUUCAAAACCCUGGUAUCAAUAGAUUAAAUAUUUAAAACAUUUUGCAAGCGUGUCAAAUGUAUGAGUAUUUUGUUUGGUUGAUUUGCAAGUUUGUAGUUUUCCCUUAUUGUUCAUAAGCCAGUGUCCCGAGAUUUUUCCACUCUGCCUUGCAGCAUACUGUGAAAUGAGGCACUUAGUUUGUUUUUUGUGGGGUUCGGAAAAAGAUCCCUCAAGUUUUUGUCCCACACUGUUUUCAAAAUGUACUGAUGCUUGAAUUCUUUUCUCUCUGGGUGUUCACAAUGCUGUAGACAGUAAUAGGUCAUUUGUCUUUUUGGUUCACUUGCUGUGAUUGGUCCUAUUCUAUGGACAAGAUCUGCCUCAGAAGUAGCCUCAUGACUUUCACUAACAAGGACUUAACUAAUAUUUACCUCAGAGAAACCAUCAGUUAAGACAUUGUUCGCAAAAUGAUGAAACAGCUAAGUAUGAGGUUAAGUAUCAGAACAUUGGUAUCUGUUCUUUUACAUGAACUUGGAAACCUGAUGUGAUCUAUGCUUCUGUGUUCACUUUAAACUUUGCACAAGAGCCCAUUGCUGACGAAACAUAGUAUGUUGCCAGAUAGGUCUGUCAUGCAAAUUGAUUGCAAACAAGUCAGCAUUGGCGCAUUGCUGCAAUGAGCAAAGGGUAAAAGAGUUCGAAAUGUCAAUAUAAAAAUGUUUUUGGAACAAUGAUGUCUCCACCAAUAAUGAGAGGUAAAUAAUCGUUUUGUGCUCCACAACCAAUUGAGUUUAGCAAAUACAUGAAGUUUUAAAUUACAAAGUAACUGAGCCAAUAACUCUAACUCAAAACUAUUGGCCUCUCUGUCUUACUUGUUUCAACAUUAAAGCAAAUGUCCAGGACAUGAACCUACUUUGUAUGCUGAUGGUGAAAACUUUUAAUUCUUAUUUGAAAAGCAUUUGUCUUCAAUUUUCCAACUUAAAAUUAGAUUUUGCAAUAUUUUAUAUUUCAGAAAUGUUGAUAUUGCUUAACUGUGAAUAAGCUAUUUUUUAGCAACAAUUUGACUUCAGCAUGCCUGCAUUUACAGCUGUAAUAUAAGAUUGAAAAUGUUUUCAGUAAUAGAUAUUACUCAUGAAGCUUUUGAUUUGGAAAAUAAUUUAAUAUUGUGUAUUUAUGUACAAUUUUUUUCAUCCGUCAUCCUCCUAUUCCCUUUUCUGAGUCUUCUGAAAAUGAUUUUUAAAUUGAAGGAAUUGUCUUUUACAUUCCGAAAUAAAUGUUGACUGAAAUGCUGAAGAAUUUAUUCCGCUUCAUUUUUUUCUUCUUUUCAAAGCAUGUACUUUCCAAGUGUGUUUUUUUUUGUUUAACUUCUUGUUAUUAAAAAGAAACACAGCGCUAAGACACUCACUUGGGGUGUAGCAGGAUUCCUUCAAGGUUUUUGGCUGCCUUGUUCAUCUGUAAUAAAUUGGGUGUCCUGUAA